AUGUCCUUUACCGCCGAAAACGCCUUUCGCGCGCCUCAUUUUUCUUCUUCUUCUCUCCGCCGAUGCUGCUCUCCUCCUCGCGCUUUGAAGUCUUCGUCUCGGGGAAAUGUGAAACGUCAUCACCUUCGUCGUCGUCGCGCGAUGUUGACGCGCGCGGAGUAUAACGCGUUACCAUCAUCACCCUCGUCUUCGAGAACAAAAACCGACGACCGAGGACGGAGUUCUUCGUUUACGUCUACUUCCUCGAGGAAUUCACCGGAGGAAGUGUUGCGAAGGGCGGAGGAGCUCCAGGCGUUGGUGCGAGAUAUCGCGCAAGUGGCGUCUUCGACCGGGCCGGCGGGGGUGUCGAGGACGAUACAAGCCGCGCGGGCAAUAUUUGAGUUAGGGGUGAAAACAAUACAGAGCGGUAAUUUAGAGCGAAUGACGGCACCGUCGGCGUUGAGGCAACUGUUUGAGGCGCUCGGGGCGACGUAUAUUAAGUUUGGGCAGUUCAUCGCGUCGACGCCGAGCGCGUUUCCGAAAGAGUUUGUGGACGAGUUUCAGAAGUGUUUGGACGAUACGCCGCCGGUUUCUUUUGGAGAAAUUAAGAGGAUUUUAGAAGAAGAAGGGUUAGACAUCGACAGAGAGUUUUAUUCGAUCGAUCCGAAACCGUUGGCGACGGCGAGCGUGGCGCAAGUCCACGCGGCGGUGUUGAAAGGAUCGAAUAAAGAGGUGGUGGUGAAAGUUUUGAAACCAGGAGUUGAGGACGUGUUGAAAGCGGAUUUGAGCUUCGCGUUAGUCGCGUCGAAAGUGCUGACGUUUUUGAACCCAGAGUUGAAUCGAGCGAGUUUAGUGGACAUCGUGAGCGACUUGAGAUCGAGCAUGAUGGAAGAGACGGAUUUUAGGAAAGAGGCGAAAAACGUGCGAGAUUUCACUCGGUUUAUUGAAUCGUCAAAGUUAGAAUCGUUAGCGACGGCACCAUUUAUAUACGAAAAGCUGAGCUCGAAGAAAGUUUUAGUCAUGGAACGUUUAUACGGGUCGCCGUUGACGAAUUUAGAAGACGUGGAGAACGAGUUGAAGAAAAACGGGAGAGUGGCGAUGAACCCGUUGAACCCGAGCGUAAAAUUAAGCGCUGAGGAUGUGUUGGUGAACGCGUUAAAUGUUUGGUUUUCAUCCGUGCUCGCGUGCGAAACGUUCCACGCGGACGUCCACGCGGGUAAUCUCUUAGCGUUGAGCGACGGUCGCGUCGGGUUUAUCGAUUUCGGCAUCGUCGGAAGUCUCUCCGUGGAAACCUACGAAUCCGUUCGCGCGUUUUUCGCGGCUACCGCCACGCGCGAUUACGAUAAAAUGGCGUUGUCGUUAAUCACCAUGGGUGCGGCUGAGAAAGACGUCGACGCGUCGAAAUUCGCCAACGACCUCCGGGAAGUUUACAAAGCUUUGGAUGAAAUCGAACCCACCGUCGUCGUCGACGAACGCUCGCAAACCGCGGCGGUUUCCGUUGACCAACUCGAAGCGCAAAAUGUCGCUUUAAAAAUAAUCCAAGCCGGUGAAGAGAACGGCGUGAAGUUCCCUCGAGCGUUCGGGGCGCUUUUGAAACAAAUUUUAUACUUUGACAGAUACAUCACCGCGUUAGCGCCCGACGUUUCGGCCAUCGACGACGAGAGAUUGGACUUUGUCGACGCCGUGGUCGUCGACGUCGGAGACGUUGGGAAACGCAUCCCUUAA